CAACGUUCCAAAUCCAGGGUUGUUAGACUUUCUCUGACAUAACUGUCAAACUCGUAUUUGUUUACGCGUCUAUUCGUUUUUUGUAAAUCUAAUAUAUGUACAUUGUUUAUAAGUGUAGAAAUAAAUUAUUCUCCCAUUGAGAAAACCAAAAGAUUCACGCUGCACAAGGAAAUGGAUGCAGUUGUGCUAGAUAAUGGUGCAUAUACAGCAAAGGUUGGAUUGUCUACUCAAGAUGACCCAACAGUUGUGCCGAACUGUAUCAUGAAGGCAAAGGCUGAACGGCGGCGAGCUUUCAUUGGGAGUCAAAUUGACGAAUGCCGUGACGCUUCGGGACUCUUCUUUAUACUCUGUUUCCAAAAAGGAUACCUCCUUAAUUGGGAUAUACAAAAGACUGUCUGGGAUCAUAUAUUUAGUAACGAAGGUACUGGUAUAUCUCUAGAAGAUAGACCUAUAGUGAUAACUGAACCUCAACUAAACUUCGCCAGCAUUCAAGAGGCAAUGGUGGAGAUUCUUUUUGAGGAGUAUCAUUGCUCCGGCGUACAUAAGUGUACAACUGCUGAGUUAGCAGCCUAUAAUUACGCCGCCGAAAGUGAGGAAAGCCCAUUGCAGGCACUUAAUUGUGUUGUCAUAGACGUUGGCUACAGUUUCACACAUGUCGUACCGUUCGUGCGUGGACGCCGUGUAGAACGCGGUAUACGCCGCAUUGAAGUUGGCGGAAAAGUACUGACGAAUCAUUUAAAGGAGCUUAUUUCAUAUCGUCACCUAAAUAUGAUGGAUGAGUCGUAUGUUGUGAAUCAGAUUAAAGAAGACGUUUGCUUUGUUUCGCAAGACUUUAAAGAUGACAUGAGGGUACACUCUGCCACCAAAAAACGCUCUGAAACGGUGGUUGAAUAUGUAUUGCCCGAUUUCACAACAGUGAAACGUGGUUUCAUACGCAACAAAAUGCAUAAAGGUAAAGAGAAUCAAAGAGAGGAGGAAGAAGAAGGAGAUCAGCAAUCCGUAAGACUUUGCAACGAACGCUUCACUGUACCUGAACUGCUUUUUAAUCCCAGCGAUGUAGGAGUUCAGCAAGUAGGUAUCCCGGAAGCAGUAAUCGAUUGUCUCAAGGAUUGUCCUGUAUAUGCACAUAGCGAAUUGCUUCGUAAUAUACUUAUAAUUGGGGGAAGUUCUCUUUUCCCUGGCUUUAUACCACGUUUAAAAGCGGAAAUACGAGCAUUGGCGCCAGAUGAUUUAGAAGUAUCUUUGAUUUUCCCCGAAGAUCCCAUCUCGUAUGGCUGGUACGGCGGGAAGGAGCUGGCGAGUAAUGAUGGUUUUAAAGACAUGCUGCUAACUAGAGAAGACUAUGAGGAGAGUGGUUAUUCUGCUUGUAAUGCAAAAUAAUUUGAUAAAUAUUAUAUUUGUGAAACAUAUA